CGGGCUGAUUGAGUGGUAAUCGCGGUGGAGGGUGCGGUGUUGGAGUUUCUGAGAGUGUUGUACCUUGUUGUAAGUGGCGGUGGUAGCGGCAGCGGUGGAUCACUGUUUGCUCGCAUUCUGAGUUGCUCCACGGACUCGCUCGCUCACGCUGCCACCACCAUCACAUGGACUUGAGUUCUAAGGUUCGAGAGUGAAAGUCCAACUUUCUGCCAUCAAUCAGCGACCAUGUCUUCAGGAGUCACUGUUUCCGUGGACGCCAAGCAGGUGUACGAUGACGUCAAGAAAAACAAGGUGUAUCGUUACGUGAUUUACUGCAUCAAAGACGAGAGAAUAAUCGACGUCGAAAGCAAAGGUGACCGCACCGCCACCUACCAAGACUUCCUCGGACAAAUGCAGGAGCUCAAGGAUCAAUGCAGAUACUGUCUGUUCGAUUUCCCUGCCGACUGUCCCUCUGAAGGCACAAACGAACCAUCGAAGAUCUCUCUGGAUCGUCUCGUUUUGAUGACCUGGUGUCCCGAGGGAGCUCGUGUCAAGCAAAAGAUGUUGUACGCUUCGUCGUACGACGCGCUCAAGAAAGCUCUCGUGGGUGUGUACAAGUACAUCCAAGCGUGCGAUUUCGAAGAACUUUCCCAGCAGGCAAUUGAAGAGGCCCUUAAGAAGCAGUAGAGCUAUGGUUCUCUAUGCGGUAUCAAAUGUCAACUCUCUCUACUCCUGCUAUGUCCAUUCUCCUACUACUUUUUCUAUUGACCUCUUCAACGUCUGAUUGUCUUAAUUUUAUUUCCUAUUGCCCGCCGCCCCAACAUUUCCGUUUUGUAUGAUGCAAAUGGUGAUGAUGAUAUGAUGCCGGGGCGUCGUUGAUCAUCGACUGAUGACAUUGGCCAAUUGCGUGAAUGUUGCGAGGAGAAAGCAAACUAAGGAUAAAAUACCAUGAAACCCGAGAAGAAGAAGACGAACAACAAGCAGACGAAGCGUGAAGAAAAAGAAGAAAACCCCACGACGAAACGAUGAAGCUGAGACGGCGAAAAUGAUGAUGAUGGUAACGAGCCCGGGGAUAACUUGAAGGAUUCCAUCUCCGGUACACAGAGAUCAGCCGCCGUGAAGAUGACAACAAAUGAAUAUUGCUAGUGGAAAUAUAGACUGGGAAGAACAAAAACAUCGAUUUGGUUGGAAAUAGGAAAGCCAUGCGCGUAUUUCACUCAGUGAAGAACAAUUUCUCAUUUCGGGAUGGUGCUCGUUUCCGUCGAGGCGAAAUGUAGCGAAAUAGCAUGCAAACCGAGCGGAAUUGCGUCCAGGAGACGGACAAGAAAUUCUAAUAAACUAUUCACUGGAUAAUUAAUUAUUAA